AUGAGUUCCAGCCAAGCCAUCUCUCAUGAAAAUUCAGCCACUCGUUUAGAGUCGUUAAUGGAUGGUAUAGAGAAUUUUUUGAAUGAUGGUGAAAUAGUUAUAGAUUAUACUAAUGCAGAAUCGACAAAUAUUCUGAACCAUCAAGAUAAGAAACUUAGCGAACAGUUAAUUGCUGGGGAAAUUUAUUCAACGGAUCACCUUCGAAAAAGGUCACCUCAGCAUUCUGAGGAUAACCUAAAUGCUUUCGAAGGAGAGAACAAACCAGCGAUGGAAACAACUAAACCAGUUCAUGAAGUUGAAACUUAUGCGAUAGUAAACUCAAUAUCAGAAACAGCUAACAAUGAAGAAAAUAGUAUUGCAGGAGCUGAGGCACUUGGAUAUGAUACUGUUAAAUCAAACACUGAAGUAUCUGGUGUUGAAAGAACUCAAGUUAGAUCUGAAAACGUUCAAGUUGAGAUUGAAGAACCUCAAGCUGAACUUGAAAAACCUGAGAUUAAAGAAACUCAAGUUGAAGGACCUGUAGUUGAAGUUGAAGAACCUCAAGUUGAAGAAUCUGAAGCUGUAGUCGAAGCACUCCAAGUAAAAGAAGCUCAAGUUGAAGUUGAAACACCCCAAUUAGAAGAAAUGCAAGUUGAAACUCAAACUGAAAUUGAGGAACCUGAAUCUGAACCUGAAGGACCCAAGGUUAAAGAACCUCAAGUUGAAGGACCUGCAGUUGAAGUUGAACAACCUCAAGUAGAAGAAACUCAAACUGAAAUUGAGGAACCUGAAUCUGAACUUGAAGGACCCGAGGUUAAAGAACCUCAAGUUGAAGAACCUGCAGUUGAAGUUGAAGCACCUCAAGUUGAAGGGCCUGCAGUUGAAGUUGAAGAACCUCAAGUUGAAGAUCCUGAAGCUGUAGUCGAAGUGCCUCAAGUCGAAGAACCUGCAGUUGAAGUUGAAGAAACUCACGUUGAAACUCAAGUUGAAGAAACUCAUACUGAAGUUGAAAAACCUCAAAUUGAAGAUUCUAAAGAGGAGGACGUUAUCGAUGAAGACACUAAAUCCCAGAAGUCAGAGAUUGGCGAUGAUAGUGCUAAUAAGCCUGCCGUCCAUGGAACCAUAUCUGAUUUGUUAGAACCUGAAAUCCCUGGAACUACAAUGCCUGAGGCCGUCGAACCUGGUAGUGAACAAGAUAUAGCCACCGAAAUCGAAGUUAGUGAAUCCAAAACUACAGAGCAAAACUUUGAAGAAUCAAACAUUGAGCCGAUUGUUGCAGCUAAAGAUUCCAAGAUAGAAGAUGAAAUUUUGGAUUUAAUGGGUACUAGUUCAAACACAUUAAACGAUAUUAUCACUGAAGAAAAAUCCACAAAACCAAUCACUAAUAGCGAAAGUAUUAUUAAUUCACUCCUUGAUGAUACAGAUGCUCUAUUAAAAGAUUUGGAAUUUGUUGACGACAGUGAGAUAAAUGACAUGUUGCUAGCGUUAGAUAAUAAUAAUACCAGCACCACUAGCAAGAGCAUUACUGUUGUUGAGAAAGAAACUCCAACCACAUCGGAUGCCAGCAAAGUAAUCAAACAAAGUGAAAUAAGAAAAGAAAACAUGAAACUACCGAUAUAUAUAUAUACUUCCUUAGCAGGAGGAGGUUUCCACAUGAUACCGCGUACGAACAGACUUGCCACGAUCUUGACUGCCAAUCAAGUUGAAUUCACAUACCGAGAUCUAGGAACAGACGAUGAAGCACGUAAAGUUUGGAAACGCUACAGUAAAGGUAGAAUGUUACCUGGCAUAGUAAGAGGCAAAGAUGAUCUUAUUGGUAAUUACCUUGACAUUGAGGAAGCAAACGAGGACUAUAAACUGCUCGAAUUAUUAUACGACACCAUAUAA